UCACUCUUUCAGCUUUUAUUCGGAACUCACAUUUAAAACUGAAUAUAAUACAAUGUAAAAGAACAAUAUAAAAGUGACUUUAGAGCUACGUAAAAGAAAAAGACCUGUUACAUCGCAUAUCAAGAUAAUAGAUUAUAUUUGGGAGUAGAGCUUUUUAUUUUCCCAAAAAGAUUUUCCAGAGAGUUGUUAUCAAAUGACAUCACUGCUUUAUCUGUUUGGUUGGUGCGUUCAUGCAUACGAAAACAGUAUCAACCAGGCUUGACCAUGGAGGAAAGAAAAGGGAUUGACCUUGUGUAGUACCAGUAUUGCGAUAUACAGUUAGUAUUAUUUGCUGGAAAUUGUGUAGUUUCAGUACUGUACUGUAAUUACAGGCCUAGUUAUCGAUUAUUAUUUAGAAUAGACACCAACGACAAGGCGUUAAGGUACACAGAAUUGUCACGACGUUUCAUAGUCGUCUAAGGAAUAACCUAAAUGGAGGCUCUAAGUAAAAAAUCGGCUGAGGAAUUAAUUGCAGAAUUUGGUCUUCAAGAACACAUUGAAGGGGGAUAUUACAAGGAGACAUACCGAUCCGAACACAGUACUGCAAUAUAUUACCUGGUUACCAAAGAGAGCGGAAUUGUAUGGCACCGCAUUAGGGGAAAAGAUGAACUCUGGCAUUAUUAUGCUGGCGAUCCUAUUGAAGUGUCGCUUGCAAAUCCUGAGGGUGUUUCAAUGGGCAAGCGUGUGGUCGGACCAGACUUGACCAAAGGUCAAACUUUCCAACUACUGAUACCAGGCGACCACUGGCAAAGUGCCAAAUGUCUAGAUGGCGGAAAGUGGACAUUGUUUGGCUGCACCGUUAGUCCAGCCUUCGAGUAUAAGAAUCUUCAGAUUGCCCCAGAUGAUUUUAAACCAAAAGAAGGUACCGACUGAAGUCCAAUAAUACUAUUUGGCUGUUUCAGAGGGGCAAUUCAUGUUAAUCUUUCCCUUCACUGGCAGUCUUUUUUGUUGUCUAGUUUUUGUUCGUUGCCAAUUGUUUAAAUAAAUAAAUAAAAAUAGAGUGUAAAGUUCUUCUUGGAAGGGAACUGAUUAUCUAAUAUAAUUAAUACUAGCCUGGAUACCGAACAGCAGUGUACUUUACUUAAAUUUUUUCCCUCUUAUUUUUCGUCCUCUUUCAGCGACACGGCCGCAUUCUCCAAAAACUACACUCUGCAGAACAUGUUCAACUUUUAUGUUAACAUAUAGGCUCCCAUUUCACUCUUUUCUAUAUCAUAUUUUUGUUGUUUGUCACUUAAAUGUCAUUUUGUCUACCAAGCAUAACAUAUUUCUGGAUAUUUUAUAUAUAGACCAAUAAAAGUUUUUGCAUGGAGGUAAAAAA